AUGUCGCAAGCCGAAACUGCUCUGAUCUCCUCCGCAGCCAACGAAACACGUCUGCAAGCCUCCCUCGCAAGGGCCGCCGCACGAAAAGGCCCCUCGAUCGGCCAAUGGCUAGAAUUGCCCGGCUACUCACUCGCAAGGACAGUCGCAGGCCUCGGGGAAGACUGGGUCCUCAUAGAUUGUGAACACGGCAACAUCGACGACAGAGACAUGUACCUCCAAGUCGCGGCCAUCGCAGCAGCCGGCGUGUCGCCCAUCGUGCGCAUUCCCGCCCUCGAUACCUGGAUGAUGAAACGGGCGCUCGACGCGGGGGCGCAUGGAAUCAUGGUUCCCAUGUGUGAGACCAAGGAACAAGCCGAACUCGUGGUCCGAGGCUGCAAAUACCCUUCCGCGCAAUGGCCGCAAGGAAUAAGGGGCACUGGAGCCAUGUUUGCUCCGAACGCGUUUAACCAGAGCGGGCGGGAGUAUCUCACCCAUGCCAAUGACAAUGUUACGAUCAUUGUUCAGAUCGAGACACGCCAGGGGGUCGAGAAUAGCGAGGCUAUCGCCUCCGUUGAGGGUAUUGAUAUGCUCUUUGUCGGUCCUAACGACUUGGCCUCGUCAAUGGGGUAUUUUGCUUUCGAUCAUGCAACGAUACCCGAGGUGCAAGAAGCAACAACGAAGGUCUUGCGAGCGGCUAAAGCAGCUGGGAAGUAUGCGGGGCAUUUUGCUUUAUCUGCUGAAGCAGCGGCCAAAAGGUACAUGCAAGGGUUCGACUUUGUCAACUCCGGAGCAGACAUCGUCGCCCUUACUGCGUGGAUGUCUUCCGAAUUGACUAAGUUGAAGGAUCUGAUUGAAGGAAGCGAGUCUCAACCUCGAAGCACUACGGCAGUGAGUAACGUGAGUGUGGGAUACUCUUGA